AUGGGUCUCUUCACUUUGUUGCUAAGGGUACUUGUAAUAACCUUGGCGACGAUCUCCCACCACAUUGGUAUUGUUUCCGCUCAAACAGGAACGGGGUGCAACCGAACAGUCAAAGCCAAGGCCGGAGACACCUGUGCCACCAUCGCCGCCGCCAACGGGAUAACCGUCUCCCAGUUUCUCCAGUCUAACCCCGGCAUAACCAGCUGCUCACAGCUCACAGUUGGCGCCGCCGGUCACUUCACCACCCACGACCGGGCCCGGGGAACCUUGUGGAACGGUGACAGUCACGACUACGAGCACUGCCUCGUACAUCUCGGUGACUACAAGAACAGCAACGUCGGUUACUACGGCGACCGCGACCAUCUCGGCGACGGCAACGGCCACGGCUACGAUCACGGCAACGGCUACGUCGGUGGUUACCACUACGGCGGGUGGGACAACAGCUACGAGGACGGUAACUGCUACGACUACUUCGACGUUGACAAGGACGGCUACUACAGGGGUUACCCAGACCUCGGUGAUUUUGACGACGUCAACGAGUGUGCUACAGCUACAUCCACGACGGGGGUUAUUCGCACCAUAACCUCAGUGAUUUUAGCAACCUCAACAACUACCGUCAACAUAACCAACACCGUCCCGGUGACAGCCACGGUACCCGUCACCGCCACCACACUCAUCACAACCACGGAAACAGCGACAGCAACCAACACCAUCCCCAUCACCGCCACCGCAACGACAACAGCCACCCUUAGCACAACCUCCACUAUAAUCGCAACCUCCUACACCGGCAUAACCCGCACCUCCGUAAUCCUCACCACCUCAACCAACAUAAUCGACACCACCAACACCGUAACUCUCACGAGAAUCAACACGCUCACCACCACCCUUCCCAUCUACGUAACCAGUACCCAAACACAAACACAGACCAAGCCCAUAACCACCACAAUCCCAGUGUACAUCACCAACACUAAACAAGUCACAGCCACAGCCACAGCCACAGUAACAACUACUUCGACAACAUGGACCUACAGCUACAGUAUCGCUACUCUAACAACCAUCGUCACUGAAACCGAGACGUCAACGAGCGUCAAGACGUUGACGAGCACGAGGGUGACGCAGGUUACUAGUACGAGUACGAGUACGAGUAUUUCUAUUGGUACUUUGACGAGUAUUGUUUAUAGUACUGCGACUGCUACUGCUACCAAGACAGUGACGGACACGAAAGCGCCGCCGAUUGUGACGACGAUUGCUACGGUGACAAAGCCGGGACAGGUGACUACGUAUACGUAUACGGUUACUAGUACGGUUACGAGUACGGUGACGGCGGUCCCGGGUGGUGGUGGGAAUGGGAAUGGAAAUGCGCCGGGGCCGGUGGUGCCGGGGACUUCAAAGACUUGUUAG